AUGUUUCAGAGCCAGAAAUGGAUCUGUUAUGUUGGCCGUUCUAUGUUUGGGGACAGUGCACAGAAUUGGAUUAUUUUUGCAGUGACAGCUACAGGACUGCAUAUUAGGCCCCGAGAGGGUAGUAUUGCUGGAGGAACGUGGAUUACUAUUACCCUACCUGGUUCAACAUCCCACCAGCUAGAGCAUCCCUUCUCAGCCUAUGGGUCCCAGCUGGAGGUGUCCCUAGUGAAUCCAGGCCUGCCCAGGCUACCCUGUGACGUCGCUCCUGUAUGUUUUGACUUAUCCACCAUAAGAUGCAGGACAAGGUCUUCACCUCAGGAAGGUUUGUACUAUGUGGAGGUGAUCUCUGAAGGACGAGUAAUUAACAAUUUGACUGGAGUAGAGAAAGACAGCUAUACUUUCAAGUUCUCUGCUGCGCAGACACCUGUGGUUUACCAAAUUAGUCCACCAUCUGGUGUUCCAGGAAAUUUAAUAGAGCUCUAUGGGAAGACAAUUACUGAAAGAUAUGAAACCCUGGACUUCAAUGUUGAUUAUAUCGAUGGCCCAGCUAUCCUUGUAGCAGAAGGAGAUGGAUGGACCAGUCUCUGCUCUUUUGCUGACAAGCAAACAAGAAGCAUCUAUCCUAUUCGGGUGAAAGACGGACUGGGGACCCUGCAGUGCCGGGUGGAAGGGAACCACAUAGGGUCCCACAAUGUUAGCUUAUCAGUGUUUAACAAGGGAAGAUCAGCAGUACACAAAGAUGCUUGGCUCAUCAGUGCCAAACAGGACCUUUUCUUGUAUCAGACACAUUCAGAAAUAGCCUCUGUGUUUCCAGCUGGUGGAAGUCUCGGAGGAGGCACUGACCUCACUAUUAGGGGGGAUUUCUUUGAGGAGCCAGUGCAAGUCACUGUUGCAGGUGUCCACUGUAAAGUCAAGCACCUUUCUCCUCGGAAGAUCAGCUGCACCAUGGAGCCAGCUGGCAAAGGGAGAAGGCUUGCUGCCCCACAACCAGGAAACAGAGGGCUUCUCUUUGAAGUCUGGGAUGAUGCAUCUGAUCUGACAGAAGCAGGCCCUGGAUAUAGAUGGCAGUUUGUACCUGAUGCCAGUUCCCCAGUAAGAUUUCUGGCUGGGGCAAAGCAGUCGUUCAGCUCCAGGCUUCGUGGAUUUUUUGUGGCUCCUCAGACCAACAAUUACACCUUCUGGAUUCAGGCAGAUGGUCAGGCAUCUCUGUACUUGAGUUUGUCCCAAGAUCCAGAUUAUAAGGUAAGAAUAGCUUCUCUCCCUGCGGGCAAUUCUGAAUGGUCAGAGCACUGGGAAAAGAACUGGAGUGAAAGUUGGCAGCCCAAAUCCCCCAAAUUUGAGCUAACUGCUGGCUCGAGGUACUACCUGGAAGUGCUGCAUCAUGGCAAGGCACCUAGCAGUGGGAUGAGAGUUGGCGUCCAGAUACACAACACAUGGCUGAAUCCCCAUGUGGUGAACACCUACUACCUGGAAAGACACGAAAUUCGGGCUCAUGCCUUGCAGCUUCCAGAAGUGCAGAUGUUGACUGUAUUGGGUACCGGGUGGUUCAGCAUCUCCUGGAACAAUACGUACAGCAACAUGAUUCCCACAAACGCUACUGCUCACCAGGUACAAACAGCAAUAGAGGAACUCCUUUCUGUAGGAUGUGAAACUGAGCCAUCUUCUGCUAAAAUCCUUUUCCGGAAUGGCUUUGAGAAAGGUAAUACAAAGGACUAUGUCACCUCAGGGCACAUCAUCAGUAGGAUUAAGCCCUUUUGUGGGCGUUUCAGUGUUUACAGACCAGAACAGCUGGUGAAAACUUCCCCACCAAUUUUACCAAGAUAUGAUCUCACUGAAUACACACAUGUAUGUUUUGCACAUAAAGGACAUAUGAGCAAAAUUCUUCAUAUCUCAGUGUCCUACACCAAUGUCUCUUUCCAUUCAGUGAAGAGGAACCUCACCUGCCAAUGGGAUUUUAAUGAAAGUCACCUAGAAAGCUGGACAUUCACCUGCACUGACCUCUGGAAGGGGUGCGUGAAUCGUUCUGUGCUCCUACAGGACCUCCCUGCCCGGUCCCCGGUGUUUGUGCAUCAGAUUGAUUUGCCAAUCCCUGAGAUGCAAAAGGAGACCUCCAAGUCAUAUUACCUUGAUGAACUUGUCAUCACAGACAGCAGUAUGACAGUUUCUCAGAGGGAUCCCAAAUCGUCUCAGCCAGAUGAGAGGAUAAUUGAAGCAGUAACUGUGGUGGGGUCUUCUCCUACUUACAAUGUGUCCUUCCUGGUAUCUGGCUGUGGUGCAAGUCUGCCUCUUCUCUCACUAAGAGGGGCUUUGCUUCUGGAUGGCUCUGAGAGAGAUGACCACCUCUCUGUCUCCAUGGAGGACGCAAGGAUCAACCUCACCGUUCAGAGACUGCAAAAGUCAUCUCCACCUAUUGGAGGGACCUUCCGCAUUCACCUGGCCAAUACAGUCAUCUCAGGUAUCCCAGUGCACAUUUCCUCCCAUCAUCUCCGCAGGCUUUUGCAAGACGCCACAGAUAACUCGACAGCCCCGUAUUUUAACAUCAGUGACUUCACAGUGAUCAAAGACUCAAGCUCUUGUUAUGAAAACACCUGGACCCUAACUUGGAAAACAAAAACCGAGGACUUACCCAUUGUUAUUAAUGUCUCUGAUGAAAAACUCACUGGUCUGAACCCAAUUGUUGCUAGUCGUGUGGUUUAUGAUGGAGGUGUAUUUAUUGGGCCAAUAUUUGGAGACAUGCUUGCUACCUUCAAUAACAACACACAGGUGGUGGUGGUGGUGAAUGAUAUCCUUGCAAACUGUUCCGGUUCGUGCUCUUUUCAGUUCUCCCAAGAAAUGACACCCUUAGUCAGCGAUGUGGAGUACUUGUCAGAUGAUGGAUCCCAGGCUACAGUAGUUAUCAGGGGAACUGGCUUCACUGAGGAGAAGACAGCACUCCAGGUAGAAGCGAACAACUCAACCUGUCAUGUCAUAACCUUGAAUAAAACCGAAGUGGUUUGUCAGAUGGAGAGGCUGCCAGUAGGAGUCCACCAGGUUACAUUACUGGUGAGACCUUAUGGCUUCGCAGUCAACGUCAGCACAGGAGAAGGCAUCUUCCUAAGAGCUGAGUCCAAGCUGGUGGCUAUCGAACCUUCUACAGCUUCAGAGAUUGGAGGACUGACAGUGACUCUCAAAGGGACUGGUCUGGAAGGGAUAAACCUGGUGUUGUUUGGAUCUCAGCCUUGCACGAUUUUCGAGAAUGCCAGAAAUUCAACAAGAAUUGAAUGCAAAGUUCCCUCUCGGGGGCUAGAAGAUGCUGUUGUCCCGGUGAUACUGAUUUCUGGGCAUGAAUCGACAGUAGUCACCAACUUAUUCCAGUAUGAUCCUUCCUUAAACCCUGUGGUUGUAUCAUUGAGCAGAAACAGAAGUGGCAUAGCAGGAGGUCAGGAACUCCAGAUUGAAAUAUCCUCAUUUGCCAGCUAUCGAGGGUUGGAUGUCAAGGUCCAGGUUGGGCAUUUGUGGGCACAAAUUCAGGCACAGACAGACCAUGGUGUUAAUGUGACACUUCCAGCCUUGGCUCCAGGAUGGUACAAUGUUUCUGUCAUCAUCAAUGGCUGUGUUGUUAAUACUUCAGAUAGGAUUGAGCCGUUAAUCCAGUACGUCUCCGAGAUCUUCAGCAUUGAGCCGUGUUGUGGCUCCUUACUGGGUGGAACACUGCUAACGAUCUCUGGGGUGGGAUUUGGACAAAACCCUGCCAUAGUUUCUGUUUCAAUGAGUAGGCAAACCUGUAUGAUUACCCACUUGGCGGAAGAGACCAUUUGGUGCCUGACUCCACCAGCUACUAAUUUGUCUAAUGAAGAUUCAGAAGACAUUUCUGUUAGCAUAAAUGUGCUCAUCAACAGUAGGUCACUUCAACAUGUUCCUUUUGCAAAGACCACUGUCUUUAAUUAUCAAAGGACAUUGACUCCUUUGAUUACUACUGUUGAAACAGAGGUCACAAACAACAGUCUGCUCUUGAGCAUCCAGGGGAUAAACAUCACUGGAUCUGUGGCUAAACUUGGGAACAGUGAAUGUGAACUGGAGUUUCAAUACAGCAACAAUUCUGCAAUGGUUUUCUGGUGCUCCUUACCACUGAACAACCUGGAACCUGGGACUUACCGUCUUAGGGUUAUCCAGAGGCAGCUAGGAUAUGCUCACAUGGCAGCAAGGCUGCAGUCCCUUACAUUAACUCCACAGGUAACCUCCAUAUUCCCAACACAAGGAUCAAUUUGUGGUGGGAUGGUACUCGUUAUAUCAGGCAUUGCCUUAAAAUCCAGGAGGAAUCUGGUACAGGUGAGCCUGCAGGGUAACUAUUCCUGUGAGAUCCAGAACUCUGAUAAUAAUGCAAUUAGGUGUUUUCUCCUUCCAGGAGCCCAUCCUUUACCUUAUGAGAAGCUGUCUGAGGCAUACUGGGCUCUUAAUGUCACAGUGACUGUCAAUGGGAUCAAUAGUGUCUGCCUUGGAGACUGUACCCUCCACCUACAUGAGCAGUGGACCCCUCUUGUAGAUUUAGUGACCUGGGAAACUAAUGUAACGUUCAUCUAUAUCAUGAUCAAAGGACAGAGACUGGCAUGGCUAAGUGACAGCCAUGUGGUACAUGUGAACAAUCAAGCUAUCUGCGAGAUAAUUUUCUGGAAUGAGACCAGCAUCAAGUGCCAGAUAGACUGCAUUGCCCCGGGGAAGCACAACAUCUCCAUAUUCAAUGGGAGAUGUGGGCAAGCAUGCUUCAGAAGAGCAACUGAGGUUCUCACUGUUGUGCCUCAGGUGCACCAGUUUUACCCUCAAAACUUCAGUACUAAUGGUGGAGGCCUGCUCACCUUAGCAGGCUCAGCACUGAAAGGAAAGAACACGACUUCUGUUCUCAUUGACCAUCAUCCUUGUCUCAUUUUCAGUGUUACCUGUACAGCUAUCCAGUGCAUGGUGCCUCCUGGUAAUGGGACUAGUGCUUUGAGGCUAAGAGUCGAUGGCAUUGUCUAUUAUCUUGGAAGCAUAACUUACAAUGAGGAGUUCACCCCAGCUUUCCUUUCACUUGUGCCAUCUGGCCUCCUCCUAACAAUGACCGUAUCACAGGUCGUAGGGACAGACAGCAUCCGCGUAUUUGUUGGGGACUUUGCUUGUAGUGGUAUCACCAUCACUCAGGCUACUUUGCAGUGCUCAGCUCCUCCGCUCCCUGUUGGCGAGUACCACGUGUUGGGCCUGGAUGUCCUCAAGGGCUGGGCUUCCUCUAACUUGACAUUCAUCUCUCAGCUGUCAGUGACAUCUGUGUAUCACAACUGGGGUGGUUUGAAUGGAGGAGCAGUUCACCUGCGUGGAACUGGGUUUUCCCCAGGGCACACUGCAGUCACCAUCUGUGGAAACCCUUGUGAAAUUCUAAGCAACAUGACAACAACUGACCUGAGCUGUCUUGCCCCACGCUUGCAUGCAUCUUUGGCCAUUCUUUGUGGCCUGACACACUCUGCGGUUGACUGCCAAGAAGCUGGGGCCACCUUCAUCAAAUGUGAGGUCCAGGUCACGGUGGCUUCCUACCGCCAGAGAAGGUCUGUGUUUUACUUGUACGUGUGUGAUGACCACCGAACUCAGCGGCACGGGGAGGACAUCGACCCGUCCCAGCAGCGUUUUGCUGGACUCUUUGUCAGCCCUAAAGUGGAAAGAGAUGAAGUUCUCAUCUAUAAUAGCUCCUGUAACAUUACCAUGGAAACUGAGGCAGAGAUGGAGUGUGAGGGAGCUAAUCAGCCAAUUACCGCCAAGAUUACUGAGAUAUGGAAAAACUGGGGCCAGAACACUCAGUUUCCCCUCCAGUUUUGUGGCCGGUGGGCAGAGGACUGCAGCUGGCCUGCUGGCCACCAGCCGCGAGAUGGCGAUAACGUCACGAUAGAAGGAGGCCGGACCCUGCUGCUGGGGACCACCACGAACAACCUCAACUUGCUGCAUCUCAAAGGUGGUAAACUUGUAUUUACUGGUCCAGGACCUGUAGAACUUCAUGCUCAUUACAUCCUGAUAUCUGAUGGAGGAGAACUCCAUGUUGGAUCUUCCAAGGCCCCUUUCCAGCACAAAGCACACAUCUAUCUGUACGGAAGCAUCCAUUCUCCACCAGUAUUUCCAUAUGGGAUAAAGUUCCUGGCAGUGAGGAAUGGAACCCUUUCCAUGCAUGGCUGGAUGCCAAAAGUAGCUUUCACACACUUGAAAUCAUCAGCUCGUGUUAACGACACUAGAUUAGUGCUGCAGGAACCUGUUGACUGGCAACCCGGCAAUGAAAUCGUCGUGGGAGGGACGGGCCUUGGUGAUGCACCGUGGCAGGCGGAAAGGGCCAUUAUUGAAUCUGUGAACAACACUGAACUUUACCUUUCGUCACCGCUCAGGUAUUCUCACGAUGUUGGAGAGGAACGGGUGAAUGGCCAAGGCCUGCCUUUGAGUGCUGUGGUGGCACUGAUUAGCAGAAGAGUUGUAGUUGAAGGAAACGUCACCGGGGAGAGGAUGUCCCACCUCAGACAGUGUGCGAAAGCAGGUGUUUCAGGAGGCAGAUCCAAGUGUCUGUACCAGAGAAGUGAGAAGAAGCUGGGAUCUCGGGAUCUGGGGGCCAUCGUGGUUGUGGAGGCCUUCCGAGGAGAGGAGAGUUACCUUUGGGUGGAGGGAGUCCAGUUCCGGCACAUGGGCCAAGCGUUUCAGCAGCACUGCAGCGCCCUGACCAUCGCUGGCAAUGCGCAGAUGGCAGCUCAUUUCUUCACAGGCUCUUACAUACGUGGCUGCUGCAUUUUGGACUCCUUCAGUCAAGGACUCCGUCUGACUGGGAUUUCAAACUUUACAGUGGACAGUAAUGUUUUCAGUAACAUUUCAGGUCAUGGGCUUCUAAUGGGCGAAGGACUGGAAAAGGGGAACAGAGUUAGUAAAAAUAUAUGGAUUGGACUUUCUGGAACAGAUGGUUUAUCCAACCUUGAAACACUGUCACCAGCAGGGAUGUACAUCAGGGCUCCUGCCAACCACAUAGAGGGUAACACGGUGUGUGCUGCUGGGUAUGGGUAUCUGUUUCAUCUCUUUCCUGAGGGACCAUCUCGGAUACCUCUUCUCUCAUUUAAUGACAACAUAGCCCAUUCCUGCAUGAGAUGCGGUUUGCUGGUGUAUCCAGAAUAUUUACCACAGAGCCCGGAGAGCCUCGUGCAGUUCCACGGCUUCACAGCUUGGAGCAAUCAAGGUGGAGCCCAGAUUUUUAGCAGCAGCAACCUCGAACUCCACAGUUUCCGGAUUUAUACUUGCAAAGAUUUUGGCAUUGACAUCGUCGAAAGCCUGGGAAACACUUCUGUAUCUAAUAGCUUUUUAAUUGGACGCUUUGGGCAAAAGGGUAGGACCUGUAUGUCAGCAGGACUAAAAACUCCUAAAAGAUACCAGCUGUUCAUCUCCAACACAACUUUCAUGAACUUUGAUGUAAGCACUUGUGCAGCAAUCAAGACCUGUUCUGGCUGUUACCAAGGGCAGGGUGGGUUCACAGUGAGAUCUGAACGGCUGACCUUCCUCAACGCGCCUUACCAAGUGUCCUUCCCCUUUCCUCACUCUGCCAUCCUUGAGGAUCUCGACGGCUCUGUCACAGGGCACAAAGGAAGUCAUCUCCUCCCUUCCACAGCCAUCCUUGAGACGUCCUGUGCAGCCAGUGCCAACUUCAGUCAAGAUUUUAGGGGCAGCGUUUGUGGGAAGGACCUUGUCUUUCACCGUAUGUCUAUAUUUCUAAAAGAGGCCCCAGACAUUCCUUAUAACUUAACUGUGACUGACAGUAGGAAUAAGACAACUACAGUCAAUUAUGUCCCUGAUACUUUAUCAAACCUGUAUGGCUGGAUGGUUCUUCUCUUGGAUAAAGAGACUUACACUCUGACAUUUGAUAACCCUUUGGUCAGCAAACAGUUCCAGUAUUCAGCAGCAUUUAGCAGCUUCACAACAGGAAAUUACCUGCUACUGGAACACAAGAAUCUUCCUGCCUAUACUGAGGUUGUGGUAUCCUGUGGGACAAGGCCUGGACAGCCACUCCAAUCUCUCCCUUCCUACGGUCAUCAAAGCUGUGACUGGUAUCUUGAUAGCAGAUUGAGGAAGUUAACCUAUUUAGUCACAGGAGCUGAUUUAAUUCAGGUCACACUGAAAGAGAAAGAAAGAGUGGCUUUACCUACAUCAGUUCCUUCUGAUGCUGUCUUGAAAUGGUCGCACCCUGAGACGUGGAAUGAUGUGGGAAAAGGCUGGGGUGGAUCCAACAGCAGCAUUCCCGGCCCUGGGGAAGAUGUCAUCAUCUUACCUAACCGGACCAUCCUGGUGGAUAUGGCUCUUCCCCCUCUGAGGGGUCUCUACAUCCUGGGGACCCUCAAGUUCCCCAGCAACUCCAGCAAUGUCCUGAGCGCCGCCUGUAUCGUGGUGGUGGGGGGAGCGCUGAAAGUAGGUUCUUUUCAGCAUCCACUAGAAAGAGGUUUAAAGUUACUGAUCCUUCUUCGGGCAUCUGAGGGAAUUUACUGUGAUCGUCUGCAGGAAUUAAAUAUCCACCCAGGAACUAUCGGAGUUUAUGGAAAGGUGCAAAUUCACAGUGCAUAUCCUGGAAGGUCUUGGACACGUUUGGGAGCUAACAUUGCACCUGGCAAUGAAAGGAUUUUGGUGGAGGAUGAAGUGGACUGGAAUCCUGGGGGGCAUAUUGUGAUCAGCUCUUCCUCUUAUGAAGCCCACCAAGCUGAAGUAGUUACACUUAAAGAAGUAAAUGGUCAUAGCAUUAGGAUUCAUGAACGCCUUCUCCACAGGCAUAUUGGGCGUUCCCAUGACAUGGAAGAUGGUAGACACAUCCUUUUGGCUGCAGAGGUUGGGCUCCUAACACGCAAUGUGCAGAUCAAGUCUGAUGUGGCUUGUACUGGGAGGAUGCUGGUGGGACGUUUCAGAGAUUCCAGUGGAACGGAAUUUGAAGGUGUCCUCCAACUCUUAAACAUUGAAUUUUUGAACUUUGGGUCCCCUCAGUUUUCUGCCAUUGAAUUCAGGAAUAUAACCCAAGGAUCGUUGAUGGUCUCAUCGAGCAUUCACAGUAGCUGUGGAGGUGGCAUUAAAGCAGUCAAGAGCAACGGGAUCUCGUUACAUGAGAACGUGGUAUUUAACACAGUUGGACCUGGCAUUGAUCUGGAAGGGCAAAAUCAUUCUCUCAUCAGAAACCUCAUAAUUCUGAGCAAGCAGCCAGAAGGGUUAUUGAACUGGGUUGUUGGCAUCAAGGUGAACCUGGUCAUUGGUGUCUCCCUUCAUGGCAAUGUUGUGGCAGGAUCUGAGCGGAUUGCCUUCCAUAUCAGGGGUCAAGAGUGCUUGUCUGAUGGAGAUUACUGCAGUGAAAAUGUGGCCCAUUCAAGUCUCCAUGGUGUUCAUCUAUACAGGGGAGAUGGAUUUAAGACCUGCACUAAAAUCACAGGAUUUUUAUCCUACAAGAAUUAUGACUACGGUAUCAUGUUCCACCUUGGAAGCAGUGUCAUCAUGGACAACGUGGUGCUGGUGGACAACACUGUUGGUCUCAUGCCAGCAGUGAACUGUCUAUAUGCUGAGCAGUGCUACAGGGGGGAAAGAUACAUAGAACUUAGAAACUCUGUCAUUGUCGCAACAAGCUCAACUUUUGACUGCAUCAAGGACAGGAUCAAACCUCUUUCAGCUGAUCUAACAUCUGGGGACCGACCACCAUACUAUCCCCGCAGAGGCCGGGUUGGGAUUUUGUGGCCUACGUUCACCACCACGUUCAGCCAAAGGCCAAAUAAUCCAUGGCAUAAAUUUGGGCAUUGUCCGAAGGUACUGGGACUCAUGAAGCUAAAAGAUGUCACCUUUACUGGUUUUAUGAAGAGCUGCUAUAGUGAAGACAGAGACGUCUGCAUCAUGUCCAAUGCUGACCAGUUAGGCGUCAUGCCUCUUAUCACAGCGGAGAGAUCAAGGAUGUUACAAGUCAGUGAGAGAGAAAAAUUCUACUUUCAUCAACCACCAGCAAGUGUACAUACAUCUGAGGACAUCACAUUUCCUGAGAAGAGAUGCAAAAGUUCAAGAAAGGCCCUUUUCAAGGAUUUGGAUGGAGGUAUCCUGGACCUAGAACCACCUGUUUCCGUUUUCCCAAAGUCGGAAUUUCAAUGGACACAGUUCUAUGCUCAAGCUGGAAUUUACAGAGAUGACACCAAGUGCAUCUUCAAGCCCUCAGCACAAGGCUACUUCUGCAAGCAGACAGAUCAUGCGCUUGUCGUCCUUGAAAACUUGGACUCCAGUAUAGUCAAGCAGAGACUGUCUCCAGUGGUAGCGAUGACUGGAAGCUUUAUGGAUAUCUUCAGUGAUGUGUCUUCAGAUGCAAAAUGUUAUCCAGCAGAACAUCCUCCUGCUUUUUAUUCUGUCUUGCCAUCCAACAAACUCACUACGGUUUGCUUCCCUGACCUAUCACCCCUAACUUUCAGACUUUACCUUCUUAGUGGUCAAAACUCAACCAGGCUUCCCCUUGCUAUAUUCUACAAUGAACCCCUCAGCCUUCGUGUUUUCAUUCAAGGAAAGUACGUCUCUCCAACACUAUCUUCUUUCUCACUGAAUGAAGGAGUAGGAGCCAAUUACUUUAACUUUGAGGACAACCUUCUCUAUGUUCUCCUUCAUGAAGAGGAACCUGUAGAAAUAGUCACUGGACUUUCCCUUCACAUUGCCUUUUGUGUACCUGAGACCAUUGGGGAAGAGGGUGAGGCAAGUAUAAUAUAUCGAUUAGCUGAUUUCUUGCAGGUUGGACAUGACCAAGUCAGAAUAGUCUAUCAUACGCUGGGAGGUGAAAGUAUAUUAAAAGUCAUCUCAUCCAACACUAGCAAGAGGAGAUAUCAUUGCCCUAACAUGACAUUUUGCACGGCUUCUUAUACCAGGGCUGGCUCACAAAGAGUGAGAAGAAGAUCAGUAAGUGUCCAAACCCUGCAGCUGUAUGAUAGAGCUGUUCCAUCAAGAGUGCUGAUCAUUGAACUCGGUGAUCCACCAGGUCAUGCAAGAAAUGAAUUUUACCGCUCCUUGACAAGUGACACCUUAAAAAGCUUGGCUAGAAUUAUUAUUAACACUCAUCAAACAGGAGACCUUCAGAGAGGCCUGGGCUUACCAGUUGAUACUUUAAUGGUGACUCAGCCUGCCUUCUUGUCUCUAGGAGGAGAUAACAGAAGCAGACAAAACUCUGGAACUUGCUUGUAUGUGAGGCCCUAUAACAUCUCUGUCCGGGUGCAGCCCUCAGAUGGAGAAAUGGAGAAACAGCUUCCUGUACAGCCGCAAAUCAUUUUCCUGGAUAAGGAGGGUAAGAGAGUUGACAAACUGGGGCUGCCCUCCGAGCCAUGGGUUGUAUCAGCUCACCUCAAGGGUUCCUCUGAGGCUGUGCUGAAAGGGCUCACCAAAGUACAGGUCAUAGAUGGAUGUGCAAGCUUUACCAAUCUGGCUGUCUCCAGCGCAGGCACAAACUGGAACCUCGUAUUCACUGUCACGUCACCUCCAGGGGCCAAGUUUACUGUGCUGUCUCAGCCAUUUACCACCUUUUCUGUCCCCCUGGGAGAGAAGUCCGGCAUGAUCCUUGUUGUUAUGCUGAGUUCAGCAGCAUCUGCACUCAUCCUUGGUCUUUUUGCAUUCUGCUGUCUCAAGAAAAGCAAAAGCAACCAAACGAGAACCAAACAGGCUAAUGCAAGGCAGCAGGCAGAAGCCGGUACCAACACGCACCAGACCCUGGCACGGCGUCGUUCAGCUCAUAUCCAGCCUUGCUGCAAUCGAGGAGAGAAUGAAAGUGGCAUUUCUGCAACAAGAGAUAUGGAAGAACACAGAACAGUGGGAGAUGCUAGAGGACAAUUAAAGGACCUGAACCAACAGCCCCUUGAAGCCAAAACACUGGAUGGAAAGACAAACACUGUCCAACAUAAGACAGGUCAUAGAGACAUCUUUUCUACAGCUAGGAAAAAUGACAGUUGCCCACAGCCAUGUGGAGGAGCCUCUCCUGGCGACUCUCUGGACCUGCAGCAGCUGGCUGUUCCAAGGCUCUCCAGCUGGAAGGAUGUCUCCCAGCCUUUGGCUGGUCACAACGAGGAAAAGAAGAAGGCUGAAAGGGUACCAGAACUUCAGAAUGAUGCCAGAGAGGAGAUUGCCACAGAAUCAGCAGAUGUAUAG